AUGGACGGCCCUCCGGUUUCAAAGCGACGCAAGAUUGCCACAGAUCUGGGUUCCAAAAGCACGACAAGGAACAAGGGGAAUCCAAACAAGUCCCAGAAAGAUCCUGCCAAGAUCCAUUUUUCUACCGGAAAGCAGGUCAUAACGGCGUUAGCGCAGAGAGAAGCUUUGGCGGAUACUCUACAAAGCAUCAGGAAUCAACUAAGCCUUGACCCCGAAGAGUCGGUCGGGCCUCAAGACCCCCGCUUUCUGCUUGCGAAGGACUGGAUAGAUUCCGACUUCGGUGCUGAGAGUUUAUUCAGGAUUUGGGAUGCGAUAGAUCAGAGGCAGACCGGAAUCUUGCCUGUGUUACUUGGCACGUUUUCAGCGCUCCUCAUCCUUCUCUCCAAACACUACACCUACCAUGCGGAUGGGCUUCCCAUCGUCCGUCGGCUGCUUUCUCAGUCCGCCAAAACCUUUGCUUCCUCUCGCGGCCGCUCCGGCCACGAUCAAUCCUACAUGGAUCGUCUUGCCGGCUACAUAGCAGGAAACCAAUCGCAACCACAUGUCAUCCUGGCGGUCUUGAAGCUGUGGAACGUGUUGAUGGACUUCGCCGCAGGACAAGAGAGGCUGGCUGCCGUAGAGGCAUUUCCUUGGGAUGGAAAGUUCUUGCCGAGGUUGCUGAAAAUGAGAAGACGUUCGAAAGGGGGUGGCAAGGUCUCCCAACCUGCAGAAACAUCACGUAUGCCAGACAUCCGGAGCCUCAUGCUUAAUCUCGUACUGGGUGCAAUAUCACCUGAAUCUUCCCCCGCCGUGAAGUCCGUCUUUCUUGAAAGGCAUCCGGGUGUAUUGGCAUUAGCCUUCGGAGAUAUUGCGUCUGAUGACUAUUCGACCAUCCAACGUGCCUUGGAGACGUCUUGGAGUCUCUGGACAGACAUGAAAGUGAGGCGUGGGCUCAAAGUGGCGGCGUUCGGCGAAAAGGCUAUCACAAACAUAAUCAAACUCUAUGAUCGCUACAUCCCCGAGGGCGCGUAUGAAGAGGAAAUACCAGCGGAUCUUGUUCACCACUUCCUUCUCGCGCUCUGUACUCACCCUGGACAAGGACUUUGCUACAAGGAUCGUGGGUGGUAUAGGCGAACCUUAGUAGACGAUGAGGAUGAGGCGCGAGGCGUGGAUACAUCGGUACCCGGAGGCGGUGGCGCCAUAUAUAACAAAAUACUGGGCAAUGUCCUCAAGCGGUUGAAUGUGAACGAGGAUCCGAGGCAACAAGAGCUUGCUUUGAGGAUCAUGGAGGCUUGUCCAGAGCUGGUGGCAGGGUACUGGAGCGCAGCAAACUUGACCCUGGAACCCCGUCUUUCUACCAAAUGGCUGGCGAAUAUUGCCUUCUUUGGUUCAGUCCUCUCUCUGCCGGUUCCGAAGGACUGCUUCAUGCUGGAUAAUCAUAGUCAAUACACGACUGCUUCUGAAACGGAAAGCGCUUUCAAGCCCAUCCCCCCACCUCUUUACUGCAUCUUGCAGUCCCUUCUCCCGUCUACGCCAAAUCUCAACACGAAAAAUGUCUUCACAAAAGGGUUGCAAAGCGCAAGCGCUUUGGUGCAGCACUGUACGGCUUUGGCGCUGGCGAAAUGCCUAAUAAAAUACCAUGCACUCAUGGCAGAAUUGGACCGAGUGGAGAGCGUCCUGGGUGAAGGUGAAGGGUCCAGCGUCACCCGCGACGACAAAGCUUAUGAGGUGCCGUCUGGGCAAUGGAGCAGGAGAAGACAAGAGGUGGAGAGGGAAGUAAGGAAGAGGGUUCCCGAAUUCCAGGUCAUCGUUGCCUUCGCACAAAAGGCGGACAGGGAGGUCCCGCACGUUCCAGCUCAGGAGAGCGCUGCCGGAGUUGCUCCUGCAACGUCUCACGAACCGAAGAGUGCAUCCUCGGCUCGAGCGGGCUUGCUGGGCGAAUCUGCGCUGAGACUUCUGUGGCUAUAUCACGUUUGUCUGCCUUCGCUAGUAGCGGAAGGGAGAUUCGACGUCGGAAAACUGCUCACGACCGUGCCCGCCGACCACGGCAGGGAGGUAGGAGAAGAAGAAUGUCCAAGCUAUGAGCAGGGACUAUCGGCCCUCCGACGGCUUCAUGCUCUUCGCCUUCUACGUGAGAGCGAGCAAUUCUCUUGGCAGAGUCGAAGCGGUACUCAUACAGGCUUGUCAAUACUACUAAGAGAGUCUAUUUCGACUUCUAUUCCGGCCAUCCGGGCUACCAUUCGGGCGAUUCUUCAUCGAGCAUUCAGUGACAGCUCCUUGUUUGUUCAUAACGCGGAUGAAAUCGACGCGUGGCUCGACGCGCUUCCUAUGACACGACGCCCACCACACGCCCACGCUCCGGACGGCACACCUCUUGCUGAUGAAGGCGCAGGUGUGGCCACCUUCCUCGAUGACUGUGUCCAACGGUGCAUCCGGUCGCCAUACCUAUAUAUCGAGAUGCUCGCGACCCUCCAGGAUUCUUCAAAGCUCACGGAUCAGCAGGUGAUCAACGUCCAACGUUCGAAUCUCCCAGCUUCACCCCUCCUCAUGACCGCUAUAGAGCAGUUAUGUGCAAAAACUGCAAAAACUUUGAUUUCUAUGUCGGACACCUUGGCGGUCGUGUCCUUCAUUCGACAUCUAUUGCUGUUCCUUGCCUGCCAUGCCUCAGACCUUCAGUUUAUCCAGGCGUGUGCCGAUGAGAUGUCGCGUGUGGUGACGAUGCCCAAUUCAUCUAUCAUCUGUCUCGCGCUUCGGAAAGAAAUCCGACUUGCACGGGAUCUGGUGCAUCAAAUCAGUCGUCCAAACAACCCCGGGAAGCAUAUGGGGGGAGGGAAUGAUGUCGCCGUUCGGGAGUUCAUCAACAAGGCGCGGCUGCGGCCCAUACCAACCUCACAUGUGCACCGACGCCAAGUGGCAUACGAGCUAAUAGACGAACUCCGGUUUUCCGAUUUAUCAUUGCGCGACGAAGACGUGAUUCAAAUUGUGACCCUCGUUGAUCGGCUCUACGGACCUGCUAUACGCGAUCUCUUCCGUUUUCUGGAUCCAUCUCGGACUGCCGCAUUUAUCCCUGCGUUCCUGGAUCUCGGACCGGCGGUCAUACGGCAUGCCGCCGACUUUCACGUUCUCUUCUUGCACUCUGGACAUGAGGAGUUGGCCAGCCCAGAUUAUCGUUGCCUGCUGAGCGAUGUCCUGUAUGCCGGAGAACACGCUCGCCGACUGUCCCGCGUAACCAAUGCACUGAGGCUCGUCGAACACCGACUUGCGAAGGCGGACUGUUCCGAUCUCCGCCGAAGCCUGUUGAUACUGAUCCAAACCAUUUGUGCAUCAGCGAGACUAGCUAUGGAUGGGUCGUAUGGGAGGUUGAUGCAGUAUGUAUUCGGCGAAAUGCGUGCCCUACGAACAUUGUUGUACGAGCACAACGACGAUCGUGUGCAGGAAGCACUUUCAUCAAUAGUGGGAUUAUUGCUCCUAUCUGCCGAAAGCCAGACGCUGGACCUCGCCGUUCCAUUCAUUGAGUACUGGAUCGGAGUUAUGCGCCGAAAGGCGGUCGAUCUCAAUAGAACGAUUCGGGCUACCUCAAUAUGGGUUCCGGUUAUGAGCAUGGUCGAUCUCACAGACUUCCUCGAUGCGCUAGCAGCGCGUGAACAGGAUGAUUGCACGGUAAUCCAGACAUCGCUCGCGGCUGUGUCCACCAGACAUAUAGACGCCCAGCAUGCUCCACGGGUAAUCCAGUCACUUGCAAUCCUCUAUCGGCGCAUGCCUUGUCUGGAACCAUUGGGAGACUUCGUCAAGCGCAUUUUGGGCUCGCUGUUGCCCAUCGGUUUCGACGGUUCUAAACUAGCCAGCGCGGCGGACGACGCUACGGAUUUGGCUGAUUUAUGCCUCGUGGCACAGACCGUGUGGUCCCAGCGAUGCACCAUCCUCGGUGAGGUGCUGGAUAUAAGAGAUCUUCUUUCAGCAAGUCAUUGGUCGUCAAGUGCGGUGGAGAUCAUCCGAUUACUGCUGUAUCAAAGCCAUAACGCACGCGAACAGUUUUCAAGCUGUCUCACUAAUCACGAGCUCCGCACCCGUCCACCCCUACAACUUGCGCGAAUCCUGCCAGCCUACCUGGAUGUUGCCGUGGGCCAGUUGCCCGAAGUAACGGAUUUGGCAAAAGGAGAAUGGGUUGAUCUCUUCGUCCGGCUAUUAUCUGCUCUUUGUGAUGCCGAACCGGCCCCGGAACAACGCAAGGAUGUUAGACACAGUGUCAUCGGUAUCCUAGACUUCAUGGGGCCGCAGAGUGUCCUCUUGAAACCACUCCAGCAGAUCCUCGAAACACCUACGCCUGGAUUGGACGUUUUAGAUCUCAGCCUUCUGGCACGUCACUCGGUCCGAUGGCCUGCUUGCGAGAUGGAUCAACUGAAGCAGCUUCUGGUCGAUAAGGCGUUAGAGGCGGCGGUGCAGCACUUCACGAGCGACCAUGACGAAGUUUUGCCGGACCUGGCCGAAAGUAUUACACUCGAGCUAGCUACACUCGUGCAAGAACUACCAGAUGUCAAGACUCGCCACGUCGAGGAUCUUAUGGCUUGUAUCAUUCGUCACAGGCUAUUCGACCCAAGAGCAACGGGACUGGCGAGACAGGUUCUCUCCAAGACGUCUUUGAAGCCGGUGGUGAUCAACCGUUACCUACAGAGUAUCUUACAGCACCCUGAUUUCCUCAAACUCGCUGCUUCGGAACUGCACAAUCACGGAAUCAUCGACAUCAUUUGCGCUCUCUUUCAUCUCCACCCCUCCAACACCUGCCAGCCUAGUCACAUCCAGCCUCUCGUCUCUCUAUAUCGCGGAACGGUAACAACAACGGACUUUCAGUUGUUAUCCAUAUUCCGGAUGUUCGAAGCUGAGAGGCGAGUUUCAGUGAGCUCACUGCUAGCUCAAUGGUCCCCGACCAUAGGGGUUAAGUCAAGAUCAGCCGCAGACGCUCUGUGCAGCUUGAAACCCAGUCGAGUCUUCAGAACUUGCAUGCAGUUCCCGAUGUGGCGUCGGUGCCGUGAUACCUCCCAGACAGAGCUUCGGAAUGAUACCCAAUCGCCCUCCGUCUAUGACCCUGUGUUCGUUUUGUCCUUGUGCAGCCGCGCCCUGAACGAAGAAAGCCUGUACAAUUCCGUACCCGCUCUCGUUGGCCUGUUUCGAACGAACAUAGUUUCACUGCUGGUGCGAGCUCUGUCAGCCGAAGAUCCCGACCUACGCAGCAAUGCACUGGAUCAAAUCUCCGGCAUCAACAUGCUUCUUCAGACAGCGGACAUGCGGGAGAAGGCGGAAGUCACAUGGAUAUUAUGUCGGCUACGGUCUCUGGUUAUACGGGGCGCAGUCGAAGAGUCGCCUCCGCGCCUCCCCUCCUACAUCUCCUUAUUCCUAGCACACGCGCUAAGAGCUAUAUUCUACCCGUCUACGUUCAUCUUCCCUCAUACUGCUAGGUUUCUUCUUCAACGACCCUCCUUGGACGCGGCCGAUGUGCCUAUGCUAUAUGCUAUGCUGUUCAGCGCUGAUGAAGAAUGGCGAAGAGAACGCGCGUGGAUCCUUCGCUUCCUUAGCAGUCUCGGUUCAAACAGAGAAGAUUGGGACAUUUUCGACCGUCGACGAACAUGGGAACUUCUUGGAUCUAUCAUGCAAAGUCGUACUUCGGAUAUCGCUACUCGGAACGCAGUAAUCGAGGUGCUUGCGACUUUGACAUGUAAUCAGCACGCGACAUCGUAUCUCAUACGCCGGCGUGCACUCUUAUCUUGGAUGAGCAUGCAGACGUCGUAUCUUUCUGCGGACGAGCGCCUCUCGUGGAUCAAACUCGUAACGAAUAUAGUUCGUACGGGUCGGUUGUCUGCUUUACCCGCCGCAACAAGGAGACAGUUCUUUGAGAUCAUUCUGGGCACGGUCACGGUCGUACUGCAUGCGUCGAAUGGAUCACCCGCUGCCUUGCACCUCUGUGCCAGAGUGAUCUCUAUAGCCCUCACGUGUAGUGAUAUUGGCACUAUGCACUUGCACGGAACCAUGGACGCGAUGCUGCGAUGCUUGCAUAAGCUCGAGAAGCACAUUCCAUCGAUGAAGUGUGAAGCAAAUCCACCAUACAUCAUUGAUCGGACCUCUACCAACAAUUUGUACGAUGCUACUUGCAUUCACCAGCCAUCAUUUGAACUUGAUGCAC